AUGCGUGAGGCGAGAGAUUCCGCGGAGGACUUGGAGCGAAGGCAUCGCGACGCCGCGCUCGCGAGACGACACGACGGCGUUUUGAGAGAGCUGAACGAGACGAAGACGGCGCUUAGGGCGGAACAGACGGCGCGAGAAACGUGCGCGCGGGAGCGGGACGAGGCGAGGGCGAACGCGGAGGAGGCAAGAAGGAAGGAGCGAGCGACGCGGGAGGAGUGCGAGCGGGCGACGCGGGAGCGGGACGACGCGCGCGCUGCGAAACGGGAGCUUCUGGACGCGAGCGAGCGGAAGAUGCGUGAGCUUGACGCAGUCAAGACGACGAUGGACGGGUAUAUCGCCGCGCUUGAGGCGGCGAACGCUGGGAAGAACAAGGCGGAGGCGGAAUCCCGCAAGGCGACCGCCGAGGCGAGCGGCGCGUUGGGACGAACGAAAAAGCUCGAGAGCGAGGUCAAGGCUUUAGAGGAGCACAACGCGUGGUUGAAGAAGGAGCUCGAAGUGAAGACGUCGGAAAUUCUCUCUUCCACCAAGUCCACGUCGGCGGAGGCGUUGAGGUUGAAGCAAGAACUGGAGUUGGGACGGAACAAAAUCACCACGCAGGAGCGAGAGUUGGCGACACUCAAGGAGCGUUUCGACUCGGCAGAUGCGAAGAUUUUGGCUCUCGAGGAAGAACUUCGAGAUGUUCGCGUCGAAAAAGCUCGCGACGAGGCGAACUUUGAGAAGGAGCUCGCAAAAUCAGAGCGCAUCGCUGAGGUUUCGAAGGAAAUUGUCACUGAAAGAGAAGGACGCAUCAAGGAGCUCGAGGCGACAUUACGCUCCGCCGAAGCCGUGAUAGAGGCAAAGAAGGUGGAAUUCGAUGUCGCUCUUGCUGAGGCUAAGCAUGCAAAGGCGCGAGCCGAGGCGGAGCUCGAAGCCGCAAAGCAGCACAUGAGCGAAACCACCGUCGUGCGCGAGCCGUCUCAUCGCUCGCAAACCGCGGAGCAGCUCAUGCUUUUGUCUCCGGCAGCCGCCUCCGCGGCGCUCGAGCGCGAUGGGAUGUCUACCACCGAGUUAUACAGCAAGUACGUCGAGGCCGAGGACGCGCUUCGUACCGAGCGCGAGCAGAAAAGAGUGCUGGAAGAAAACUUGGACGCAAUUUUGAAGGACCUCGAGUCCCAGGCGCCGUACCUGGCGGAGCGAGAUGCGGAGUACGAACGUGCGUUGAAGUCGCACGAGGUUCUCAGGGCACAAUUGCAAGAUUCCGAAAGCGCUCGGAUGUCCAUCGAGAGCGAGCUCAACGCGAUCAAUUCGGACCGGCGUCAACAUGAGCGCAUGCUCACGGGCUACAGGGCGCAAAGCGCAGACUUGGCACGCCAAGUCGCACUCCUCCUCAACGAGGUUCACGAGCUCAAGGGCUGCCCGCCGGUGCCCAUGCCGGUCGCUCAAGUCGAGGGAGGCGACGCUCAAGCCGUCAUUACGUCCAGGCUCGUUGAUUUCACCGACAUUCAAUCGUUGCAAGCCAAGAACCAGGAGAUGCUCUUCGUCAUUCGCGAUUUGUCAGACGCGCAAGAGAGCAGAACGUCCGAAGCGCGAGAGGAAUACGAGCGUAAGCUCCAAGAACUCAAAGAUCAGACUGCGCGUCAACUCGAAGAGCUGUCUAGCAAGCGCACGCAGCAAGAAAACAUCGUUCAAGCUAUCGUGCGCCAGCGUGAUAUGUACAAGACGUUAUACACUUCGGCAAUGGGCGGCGGUAACGGCGAUGAUGGAGAAUUGCAUGAGCUCGAAAGUAAGAAUUCAGAACUCGUCGCCAUCGGAGCUGGAAGCGGCGUGGCAAUGAUGGAGACGAACAACGAGCUCGUUGCUCUGAACAAGGAAUUGUCGCACGACUUGGACAAGCUGAAGCGAGAGAGUGCAGAUCGUGUGAAGGAACUCCAACGCCAAGUGGACGAGCACCGAGAAGCGGCAGCGACGGCCAGAGGCGAAGCAAACGCGGCAAAUUCGUCGGCGGACUUCGAGCGUAAGCGUUAUGAGCGUUUGAACGAGCAAUAUGGCGCGUCUCAACGCGAAUUGCAUGCGCUUUCUGAGAAGAAUUCGGCGUUGACGCAACAAAAUGCCGCGAACGAAGCAAAGCUGCGCCAGCAAGGUGCUAGCCUAGACGCCGCCCAAGAGCGUGCGAGUAACGCGCAGACGAUCGUUACCAAGUUGGAGAGUGAAAAUGCAUUGCUCAUGAUUGAACAACAGCGUCUAUCUGACGUCGUGAGCGCCGCUGAGGAAAUCAAGUUGAAGAUCGAGUCGUCUCGCGAUUCUGCGCUUGCGCUGUCGUCGUUGCGCGAGGAAGAGCACAAGCAGUCGCUCGCUCGUUUGACGGACGAAGUUAACAGGCUUCAGCAAGAUUAUAUUAGAGUGCGUUCAGAGCUCGAUAUCGAACGAGAGCGGGGUCGACAACAGUUGGCUGCUCACGCCGCGGCAAGCUCUGAAUUCGCACAGCGCUCCAAGUCGGUUGACGAGUCGAGUGCACAGCUCAAGGAGCAAAUGGGCGAGGCUAUGAAGCGUGCCGACAUCGCCGAGGCAAAGCUGGAAAUGAUAGAAGCGACGCUGAUGAAGACUGAGGAGAAGUUGAGAUUGGCUACGCGUACAAGUGGCUUGAGCGAACCGACUACAUUGAAUGCUAGUUCGACGGGCCCCAUCACUGCUCAGCGAGAGCACGAACUCCUCCAAGCUGCACUCAAGGCGGGCGAGGUCGCGGACGAGGCCAAGGCUGCGCUCGAAAGCGAGAAGACCCACACUGCGCAGUUCAAGGCCCUCGCGCAGCAGAGUGACGCGGCCCUCAAGGAAAUGACCAAGGCCUUUGAUGCGCACAAGGCGCAGAGCGCAAAGGAGUUGAGCGCGCUCAAGUCUGAGUGCGCACAGCUCAAGAAGGAAGCGGCCGAUGCGGCCAGCUCCGUUGAGAGCAAGCUCGCACUCGCCGUUAAAGAUUUGGAGUCAAAGGCUGCGCAGUACGCGAAAGUAGAGUCAGAAAUGAAGAGUGUUCGCGCCGAGCUUGAACGCGCGCAAGGCGAAACCAAGGCGGCUCAGGACCGCGCGACGCAGGCAGUCAAAGACGUCGAGAGCGAGCACGCGAAAUGGCGCGAAGCGACUGAACAAUACGAAAAAGAACUUGCUGCACACACAGCUGAUCAAGCUAAGCUCGUCGCUAUGGAGAAGUCCCAAGCUGAGGUUGAAAAGUCGUUGGCUGCCGCGAAGGAUUCCGCCUCGAAAGCGGAGAGAGAACUCUCCGCCGCACGUAUCAAGGAGCUCGCCGAGAAGAAACAACUCGACGACGCCAAACGCGCCGCAGAAGCGAAGAUCUCUGAGCUUACAGAGCAAAAUACGCUUCUCCACAAAAUGAUCGAGAAGUCCAAGAUCGAAGCAACCGAUGAACAAAGCUCGGAUGAGGGCGAGGUGCUUCGCUACUUGCGCCAAGAACGAGACGCCGCACUGUUGCAAGUCUCUACGCUCACCGUGGAACGUAACAAGUGGCAGCGCGAUGCGGAAGUCGCUCUGCAAGAAGCAGAAAGCGCGAAGGCGCGAGUCAAGGCGAGCGAAGCGAACGCUAUGGGCGAAGAGAAACACAAAUCUCUCAUGCAGAAAGUUGAUCAACUUAACGCGAUUGAGCAAGCCAAUGCCGCGCUGCGAGCCGAGAUUGAGGUCGCUAAGGCUGACAUCGCGGUAGCCAAGCAACGUGAGAGUGAGUUGAUAUCUAAGAGCGAAAUUAUCGUGAAAGAGCUCGCGCAAGCCAAAGCCGCGGUGGCUGGACACGACACCGAGCUCGAAACCGUUCGCAAGGAGGCGAGUCGAUGGGAGCAACGUGCGUCGCAGCUCGUCACCAAGUACGGCGAUGUUGACGUGGAAGAACAAGGUCGCGUCAAGACUCAGCUUGAGGAGGAGCUCGCGAAGGCGAAGGAAGAGCUCGCAAAUGAGACUAUUCGCGCAGACAAGGCGAAAUCGCAGCUGACCAUCAGCAUGAAGCACAUUCGCGUGUACAACCCAGAGAAGGUGCCGCUUCCCGAGUGGCAGAAGUCUCAAAAAGAACAGAUGGAUCGUCUCGCGGAGCUCGAAGCCGCUGCCGAGGCGGCGAAAUCGGAGAAGAAGGGCGAGUCCGAUAUCGCUUCUCAGCUCGCGAGUGCAAAGGCAGAGCUUGAAGCCGCGAACACCAAGGUCAAGUCAGCCACUGAAACGGCCGCGAACGCUGAGAAGGCGUUGCGUGAAAUGAAAGCCGAGGUAGAGAAGUUGCAAGAGGCCGCGAAACGUAUGGGGGAAGAGGCCGCCACGGAGACUCCGGCGAAAACCAAACCCGAAGAGGAAGCGAAGGAGGAGACCAUUGAUGGCGGAGACGGUGACACGGCUGCUGCAGCCCCCGUUACGCCGUCGUCGGAUCGCUUCAAGAUAAUGGCACAGAAGAUGCAGGCGGAAGCGAUGGAAGCCGCGAAGAAGCUUCGCGAGACGGAAGAGAUGCUCGCUGCGAAGGAUGCCGAGCUUUCGACAGCUCUCAAAGAAAAGUCCGAGGCGGUCGAAAAAUGUGCGACUCUUCAGAAGGAGCUGGACGGUGCGCGCGAAAAAUUGAAGCUCGCUGAACAGUUGCGAGCAGCGCUCGAGAAGAAGCUUUCAGCCGCGCCCGCACCGUCGAAGCCGCCGCUCGCUGAGUUGGCAUCCAAGGCGAAAGAUUUCAUUCCGAGCGCUAGGCCGUCGGCUGCUCCCGCUGCCCCCGUCGCCCCCGUCCCGUUCGCGCCGAAGGUCGUCACCGCCGACGACAAAGAGGUCGACGCCAAGGCUGCCGCCAAGGUAGAGGAGAAGAAGCGACUCGAGCAGAAAAUGGAAGAAAUGAGACAAGAGCUCGAACGCAAGAAGGCAGCAGCGGCGGCGGCUGGGACAAAACGCAAGGCGGACGACGUCGACGACGCAGCGGAGGGAGACACUUCCGCCAAGGCGCAGAAGAUAGACGCCGACGCCGGUCCCAACGACAAAGCCGUCGAAGACGACGCCAAGGCUGCCGCCGAAGAAGACGCCGAAGACGAAGUCGAGGAUGAUGAAGCCGAUGACGAUGACGCCGAAGAGGGCGAAUUAGAGGGCGAAUUGGAGGAGGACGUCGACGAAUUCGUCGACCAACUCCUCGUCGACGACCCCGCGCCCGCCAAGCCGCAAGCCAAGCGCGACACUCCCGGUCGCGCCGCUCGCGGUCGUCCCGCCAACAACCGUCAGCGCAAACGCACCGCCGGCCGAGGUAGUGGCCGAGGUCGCGGUCGCGGCAAGAAGAACGCGUGA